GCUCAAGAGUGAUGCUGAGGGUGGGCGGAGCUUACAGGGUAAUGGCGUCUCAGAGGCCUAUUCCAACUCAGUUAUCGAUACCGCCGUGUUCGCGGGCCCAGCCUGCUUCAGCCCCAAUUAGGAUUCUAUUCUGACAGUUCGGGUAAUUUCGCGGCUCUGGCAGCUAGAGAACACCUUCGCUUUCACUUCGGGGUGGAUUCUUCUGCGUUAGGCCUUGGGGCCUUGGCCUCAGAAUUUACACCUGAAAUAAGACUGUAACACUGUAAGACUGAUUACAGUAUUCUGCGUGAUUGCUGGUUAUUGAGGAAAGAGCUCCUCAACCAUAUCCGAUCCAUAUUUUUAUAACAUUUAGACCUGCCAUGGUCUUCUCUGCAGCUGGUGUGUGAUCAGCUAGGAUUUCUUCUAGCUUGCAAGCCUAGUUGUGUGAAGAAACCUCAUUAAGGGGGCACAGGAUGGCGUCUGUGCCGGUUUACUGCCUUUGCUGCCUGCCGUAUGAUGUCACACGAUUCAUGAUUGAAUGUGAUGUCUGCCAAGACUGGUUUCAUGGAAGCUGUGUUGGAGUAGAGGAGGAAAAAGCAUCUGAAAUUGACCUAUAUCAUUGCCCGAACUGUCAGAUAACUCAUGGGCCAUCUGUUAUGAAGCGUCGACGUGGGAAUUUAAAACAGGAUCCACAUUUGAGCAAAGACAUUGGGAAGCCAGUACAGACAGGAAGUGCAAGCUUUAUCAAGGAGCUGAAAAGUAGAAAUUUCCCAAGCGCAGAGGAAAUAAUCCUAAAGCCCCAGGGUGUCCAGUUGACAGUGGAAUAUUUGGAGGAGAACAGUUUCAGUGUCCCAAUAUUAGUGCUGAAGAAAGAUGGGUUAGGCAUGACCCUUCCUGCUCCAACCUUCACAGUCAGUGAUGUGGAGUACUAUGUGGGUCCAGAGAAAGAGAUUGAUGUGAUAGACGUGACAAAACAAGCUGAUCUGAAGAUGAAAUUAAAAGAUUUUGUGAAAUAUUAUAACAGCCCCAAACGGGAAAAAGUGCUCAACGUGAUAAGCCUGGAGUUUUCUGAGACAAGACUCUCUAAUCUAGUGGAGACUCCAAAGAUUGUACGAAAGUUAUCCUGGGUUGAAAACCUGUGGCCAGAGCAGAGUGUUUUUGAGAGGCCUAAUGUCCAGAAAUACUGUCUCAUGGGUGUAAAGGACAGUUACACAGAUUUCCAUAUUGAUUUUGGGGGCACGUCUGUCUGGUAUCAUGUUCUCAAAGGAGAAAAAAUCUUUUACCUUAUCCAGCCGACCAAAACUAACCUGGCCCUUUUUGAGUGCUGGAGCAGUUCCUCUAACCAGAAUGAAAUGUUCUUUGGAGAUCAAGUGGACAAAUGCUACAGAUGCCCAGUCAAACAGGGACAGACCCUUUUCAUCCCCACAGGGUGGAUACAUGCAGUGCUGACUCCAGUUGACUGUUUAGCCUUCGGAGGAAACUUUCUGCACAGCUUAAACAUUGCUAUGCAGCUUAGAGCAUAUGAGAUUGAGAAGCGAUUAAGCACUGCUGACCUCUUCAAAUUCCCAAACUUUGAAACCAUCUGUUGGUACGUGGGGAAGCAUUUACUAGACACCUUCCGUGGUUUACGAGAGAACAGAAGACAGCCAGCAUCAUACUUGUUGCUUGGAGCCAAGGCACUUAAUACAACAUUCAGAGCCUGGAUCAAGAAGGAGGCAUUGAUGGAUCAUGAAGAGGAAAUUCCUGAGACCAUUAUUACUUCUCAGCUUAUUAAAGACCUAGACAGGGAGAUUCGGCUAAUGGAGGAUAUUUUCCAUCAAAACAUAGAGAAAACUGGAAACCUCAUGGGCCUAUCUAGAAGUCCUUUAACUGGUGCUCCAUCCACAUCGAAAACAGCUCUUCCAUUCAAGGGCAGUAAUAAGAAGGGUGCUAGAGCAAACCAACUGAUUAAAAAGGGAGGAAGGAAGGGCAGGGAAACAGAGGCUGACAUGAGUCCAGAACAACCAAGCUCCCCGACAGGCCAACAUCACAAAAAGUUUAGUACUUCAUUGAAGGAGAUUGAAGAUUCAGCCCUAGAUCUUCUUGAAGAAAAGCCGGAUAUUGACUUGCUGGAUGGAGAGAUGGCAGACAGUAAAUUGCAGCUGAUGACUAAUGGUAUCAACAUAAGUGGCAAGAAGGUGCGUGUAGGAGCUGGAAGUAGACGCCAAGCAGCUGCAAAUAAACGCAUAAAAAAGGAGCAGUCAGAUCUGUCCUCUGGGGAUCCUUUCCUUCUAGAAUCGGAGGAUGACUUGCAAAUUGAUGAGACUCCCCACAAAGAAAAAAAAGUAGCUCUGACAAAGAAAAAACUACACAAGUUUCCACGAAAGCUACCAAGAGCAAAGCCAUGUUCAGACCCCAACAGAGUGCGUGAGCCUGGGGAGCUUGAAUUUGAUGUAGAGGAAGACUACACCACAGAUGAGGAAACAGCUGAAGGUGAUGGUGACCAACUUGGGGCCAGCAGUGGGGGACUAUUAGACCUAUUGAAAGCUAGCCGGCAAGUCGGAGGUCCUGAAUAUUCUGAAAUCGAAGCCGCCCACGCACUUCCUGCUGCGCAGCAACUCUGCAGACACGCUGCCAGGACUCCUCCAAAGAAGACAGCGAUUCUCCUGCUCCAAAAACGUGAAGCCCCUGCCUCUCCCAGCACACAAGAAGCAAUUCAGGGUAUGUUGUGCAUGGCCAAUCUUCAGGCCUCCUCAUCUUGUACACCUUCCAGCCUUCAAGCUUGGUGGGCAGCUGGGCAGGAGAGUGGAACAGUAGCUGGACCAUUGCAGGGGAACAUGAAGACUGCUGGGAAUAAGAGCAGUGGCAAUGGGACCAGCACUGGAAGCAGCAAAGUCCUCUUGAGGCCUGGAAAGAGGCCUGUGAAGCGACCAGCACACCGCAGCAUGGACAGUAAUGAUGAGGAUAGCAGUGAUGAGCAGGAGACUCUGGGGGCCUGCUUUAAGGAUUCAGAAUACAUUUACCCUUCACUGGAGUCUGAUGAUGAUGAUCCUGCUUUGAAAUCACGUCCUAAGAAAAAGAAGCAGACAGAUGAUGUUCCAUGGAACCCAAAAGCCCGUGUCACUCCAACACUCCCCAAGCAGGCUCGGCCAGUACGUGAGGGGACACGUGUAGCAUCUGUUGAGACGGGACUUGCUGUGGCUGCUGCAAGACUUUCCCAGCAGGAACAGCAGAAAUCUCUGAAGAAAAAGGUAACAAGCAAAAAGAAACCUGUCGGCGAACCCGAGCCACCACUUUUACCAUCAGAACCUGAGCCUCCCCCACUGGAAUCUCAGACAGAGGUUUUUUCUGGAAGUCUUGUGGACCAUGAAUACACUGCUGGUCCCAAUAUAUUUGGGAUGGCUCAAGUAAACCGUGGAACUACACCAAUGGCACCAGGGGUCUUUUUGUCGCAGCGGCGGCUUUCAGCAUCUUCACCAGGAAGUCCAGCAAUGCAGGUUCCAGGAAAACGGCCUAAAAAGGGUUUGGCCACAGCUAAACAACGCCUGGGCAAGAUCCUCAAGAUCCACCGGAAUGGAAAGCUGCUUUUGCUGUGAUCUGCAAAUCCCUCAGGCAUUUGGCUAGGAGCCAAUUCUCAUGGCACUAGCAGACUAAAAGAAUUAUAAAGGAGGGCCCAGAAAGGGUUCAGACUUGGAUCUUGGACUUAUUUUUUUAUAUAUCCCCCAUCAGACACACAAAAGACCAGACCAGACUGGACAGUGCUGCAAGGAAAGCAGCACAUAUAUUGCCAUAAUAUGGUAACUGACAAAUUCAAGUCUCUUCAAGCCACUGUUCAUUCAUUGGCUUCACCCUCCUCAUCCUUUAAACAACAUUUUUUUUAAAAAAAAAUAUGUGUGUGUGUGUGUAGGCAGGGGAUCUUUAAAAGGAUAGCAGAUAAAGUUUAGAGGGGCUUUGAUCACAAGACACCACUAGAAUAGUUGAGAUACAGGGCUCAAAAUCUUUUUCAACAUAAUACAUGUGGAACUGAUUGUUAAUAUCUCAGGUUAGGCAAACUCAGAAGCUUACUGCAUUUAGCACCAGAGAUGCCACUUUCAUUUCAUAACUAAAUUCCUGUAAUGCUUUUUGUGUUACUCUUUUUGUUUAAUGUGUUUAUAGUCCAUUUUCUGUAACUCCUGUCCAGCCCAAUGUUUACUUUACAGAGUCAUAAAACUAUACACAUGGCACCAGCUAAAGGAAUUCACUUUCAUCAGAGGUCCUUGCCAUUCACAUAAACCUGUGCUUGUCUCUCUUAGCUCAAGGAUGGAACCGGACUGGAGAUUAGCUGCCUUUUCAUUAAUAAGUAGCAGAAUUUAAGAAUUCUUUUAGCUUAGCCGUUCAACAGAAAACUACAUGAACAAAUAGGAUCGGAUGCUGAAAUGUUGUUCUUUUGGUGGCCACCUGCCCUGAAGGAAAUUGGACCUAAACCUUUCCAAUAUUCACAGUUGUGUCCUUAAACAAUUGUUCCUUCCUUUGCCUUGCAUAUAAAGUGUGGACUUACCUUGGUUGAUAUUUAAGCAUUUGGCUUUUGGGGGCAAAGGCAAACUGGAUAUAAGAGAGCUUUUUAGAGCAACAGUAGUACUGUUAUAUAUGUUUUUUUUUUUGUUUUUUUUAAUUUAACACACUUUAGGUUUCCUACAAAUUGAAUUCUGUUCACAUACUUUUGAGUUCUAUUGAUGGAUUUAAGCAGACCUAGAAGUAAGAGGCACAGCAUCCUGCCUUAAAUGAAUUUCUCGCAGUGCUUAACUGGACGUUAAUAUUUUAUUUAGAAAUUUAAUCCAUGGCCAUCUGUAU